AUGGUGAUUAAGACCCUUAUAUCGAUCCGCGCUGUCUCAUCUAGAUCAGAUACUUAUAAAAUCAAAACAUCUGCCAGAGCUGUUCUUGUUUUAAUGCCAAUCUUCGGUUUAUCUUGGCUUUUUGGCUUAUUAGCUAUGGGUGAUCGAAGUCUAAUUUUUUCAUAUAUCUUUGUUAUCACCAAUUCCUUACAGGGUGUCUUUAUUUUUAAAUUCCACUGCUUGAAUAACAAAGAUGUUGUUCGCUAUUUCUCAAGGAUUUUACGAACAAAAAGAACAAGAGGAAGUAUUGCUUCUCAAUUAGCAGCAAAUAGAGAACAAGAAGCAAGGCCUGUUGCUGGACCGUCCAACAAAUCUUGCUCUAGAGAAGCUACAUUCAGUCAGGGAAAGUUUUCAAGCCCUAUAGUAAAUACAAACACUCAGCAAACUGACUUGGCUAUUACAGAAAUAAAGUAA